AUGUGUGGUAAUGGCAUUGUUGAAGGUGACGAGGAGUGUGAUUGCGGAGAUGAUUGCAGUCAGAACCCUUGUUGUGAUGGGAAAUCCUGUAAGUAUGCUACCGGUGCAGUCUGCGAUGAUUCAAAAGAUAGUUGCUGCAAAGACUGCCAAUUAAGUCGGGCAGGGACGGUAUGCAGAAAAGCGUUCGGAUCGUGUGAUAAAUCAGAGUUUUGCACUGGAAAGACCGCGGAAUGUCCUAAAGAUGAACAUUGGGAGGAUGGAAGAUAUUGUUCUUUGCCUAAUAGAAACGGUUACUGUGCUUCUGGUAAAUGUACCUCUCCUUCAGAGCAAUGUCGAGAACUUACUAACUUUAGCAUCUCAGCUUGCCAACCCGGUAGCUGCAAAGUUUCUUGUAUGAAUGAAAAUGGCGUGUGCUAUUCCAGCUCUAUAAAUUAUUUAGACGGUACCCGCUGUGCUGAAGGUUUAUGUUAUAAUGGAAACUGCGUUCCCGUUGAAGAGACUUCGGCUGCUACAUGGAGAAAGCAACCCUCCCUCUUCUGUGCUUCAGCUACUAUGCUUAUAUCACUAGCGCUUAUAGCCUGGUUUUUCUGGUAG